UCGAGUGUGUUUUGAAGCAAACAUCGGGUUAUUUUACAAAAAGUAUUUAUCCAAAUAAUAUUACUGAAUUUUUUGUGUUUCAAGCAUUUAAAGAGCCAAGCGAACACAGCUAAAUUUGUAAAAGAUUGUUACGAACGCGAGACAAUUGCAUCGAGUUGGCAGCAUUGCCGAAUGCUGAGCUGCGAAGCAGUGUCCAAAAGCAAAGCGAAGAGAACGUAGCGCAGCCGAAAAAAAUUUUGGAAGCAGUAAAGCAGCGCACUGCACGCGAUAUAUUUUUUAUUUUCAAAAGGUUGAAGCUUAUAUUAAACAAUUCAGCGGAUCAACGUGCCGGGCAGCCGAACUGCGAGAGUUGAGCGUACGCGUAUGUGUGUGUGGGUGCAGCAGCAAGCAUAACCACCACAAAAGCAACAACAACAUCAAAGCAAAAAGACUGAUAACAAAGCAAAAGCAGGGAAUAACAAAGAUUUGAAGCAGCAGCGCGUAACUUUGUCGUUGUGCUAACACACAAAUUACGUCGGCUUUACUGCGACGAUUGGUGGGGGGCGUCUAACUCACAGCGACUUCUGUAGUAUCAAUUAAAACAACAACAACUAGCAGCACAAGAGAAUUACACCGUGGACACCGGCGAACACAGGGCUAACAAAAUGGACGAACUUAUGGUCGAAGUGCGACUCGAUAACGGUGCCUACUAUAAGGGCCAGGUGACAGCUGUCGGCGAUGAUGGCAUCUUUGUGGAUGUGGACGGUGUGCUCGAGGUGCUGAAAUACGCGUUCGUCAAUGUACGCCUGCCGCCCGAUGAGGCCGUCGUUGCGGCGCCCAACUUUGAGGAGGGCAUGGAGGUGGAGGUGUUUACGCGCACAAACGAGCGCGAAACCUGUGGCUGGUGGGUGGCUGUCAUCAAAAUGUUAAAGGCUGAUAUCUGUGCGGUCGCAUAUAUUGGCUUCGAGACGCCCUAUACCGAAAUCUGUGAACUGGGCAGACUGCGCGCCAAAAAUCCAAAUCCGCCAAUUACGCCUAAAUCGUUCUAUCAGUUCACGCUGCCCGUGCCCGAGGAGCUGCGCGAGGAAGCUCAAAAGGAUGGCAUACACAAGGAGUUUCAGCGCACCAUCGAUGCGGGCGUUUGCAACUAUAAUCGCGAAAUUGAUGCCCUUAUUGUCAUCUCCAAAUGGGAACACACUCAGAAGCGCGCCAGCAUGCUCAAGGAUAUGCAUUUUCGUAAUCUCUCACAAAAGGUUAUGUUGUUGAAAAGGACUGAAGAAGCUGCGCGUCAGCUCGAGACGACCAAGCUGAUGAGUCGUGGCAACUUUAUCGAAGAAUUUCGUGUGCGCGAAGAUCUCAUGGGCCUGGCAAUUGGCUCGCAUGGCUCUAAUAUACAGGCGGCACGCACGCUGGUCGGCGUAACGAAUAUUGAGCUGGAGGAAAAAUCAUGCACAUUCAAGAUUAGCGGCGAGACAGAGGAGUCGGUGCAGCGGGCACGCGCCAUGCUGGAAUAUGCCGAAGAGUUCUUUCAGGUGCCCAGAGAGCUCGUUGGCAAGGUGAUUGGCAAGAACGGGCGCAUCAUACAGGAGAUUGUCGAUAAAAGCGGAGUGUUUCGAAUCAAGGUGAGUGCUAUCGCUGGCGAUGACGAACAGGAUCAGAAUAUACCACGUGAGCCGGCGCAUGUACCCUUUGUGUUCAUUGGCACCAUGGAGAGCAUUGCGAAUGCCAAAGUGCUGCUGGAAUAUCAUCUGUCACAUCUGAAGGAAGUGGAACAGCUGCGCCAGGAGAAGCUGGAAAUCGAUCAACAGUUGCGCGCCAUACAGGAGUCCUCGAUGGGCUCCACACAGAGCUUCGCCGUUUCGCGGCGCUCUGAGCGCGGCUACAGCAGCGAUAUUGAGUCUGUGCGCUCAAUACGUGGUGGCGGCGGCGGGCAGCGUGGUCGCGGACGCGGGCGUGGCGGCGGUGGCAACAACAUGAAUCAGCGCUAUCACAACAAUCGACGCGAGGACGAUGAUUACAAUUCCCGCGGCGAUCACCAGCGCGAACAGCGCUACAAUGAUCGCGGCAGUGGUGGUGGCCCAUCAAAUGCUGGCAACAGCGGCGGUGGUGGUGGUGGUGGCGGCGGCGGUGGCAACAAUUAUCGCGGCGGCGGCAAUGACCGACGCGGCAUCAAUCGCCGGCCGCCACGCAACGAGCAGAACGGCAGGGACUAUCAGUACCACAACCACACCGAGGAGAUGCGAGAGACGCGCGAAGUGAGCAGCGUGGAGCGUGCGGACAGCAACUCAUCGUACGAGGGCAGCUCCAGAAGACGCAGAAGGCAAAAGAACAACAAUGCGCCCGGCAACACAAAUGGCGCGCUCGGCAAUAACAACAACAAAUCACAGCAGCAGCAGCAGCAACAACAGCAGCCGCCGCCGCCCCCAUCGACGUCGUCGACGGCCCAACAGCAACAGGUGCCGGUACAAGCGAACAAAGCGCCGCUGAAUGCACAGGAGAACAACAAACAGAGCAGCGGCAAUGCGAACGCCUCGGCUGGCGGUGCGAACAAGUCGAAGGAUGCGCCGAGAAACAGCGAGAAGCAACAGCAGCAGGCGCUGACACAACAGCAGCAGCUGCCGCAGCAGCAACCGCAGCCACCGCAGCUGGCACAACAGCAACAACAACAACCACAGGCUGGUCAGCAGCAGUCAAAGCCCAGGCGCAACAAUAAAAAUCGAAACAACCAUGCGGAUCAGGUGGCCACAACGGAUGCCAUCAAGAAGGAGGGACUGGUCAAUGGCACGUCCUAAGUAGCAACAGCAGCAGCAGCAGCAACAUUACGGCAACAGCAACAACAAGAACAACCACAGCAACAACAACAAACAAGCACACAAAUUGCAAAUCGUUCGUUUAACAACAUGUUGUAUAUGCGCAUCAGGCAGAAGAAACACACACACACACUCACACCUUUACAUACACAACAUCUAAGCAGGCAGUUAAAUAAAUUUUAAAGUUAAUGUCAACAAAUUGCCGCCACACAACAUAACCCACACACACAACCAACACGCCAACAUACAACAUAACAAAGAAACAGCAAUAACAACAACAAACAAAACAACGUGUAGAGUAGGCAUAAAUAACAAAAACUAUUUCGAGUAACUAAAAAACAAGCAUAUUUAAUUAUACAUGCAUUAUGUAAUAAUUAAUACAAAACACACAAACACACACAUAUAUAUAUAUACUAACACGCCACACACACACACACACAGACAGCUCGAAUUAUACACAAAAAACGAAGUAUAUAAAGCAAACAUGCCUAGGCUUAUAAUUUUAAUUAAAAUUAAAUAAAAACAAUCAAAAAACAAACAAAAAAAAAGCUAAUGAAUUAUGUGUAUAAACCAAAACUAAAAUGCAAUUAUUAGAAGAAGAAAAAAGAAAAACAAGAACAAAUUGGAUUAUGUUAACUUAAACUUUAAUGCAGGCAAUUAGCAUAGUUUUUCAAAUGCAAAAAUCGAGAGAAAACAAAAACAAAAUAAAAUAUAUAAAAUAACUUGCCGAAAAUGUGCUUCAAAAGCGCGUUUCUUCUGCAACUUGAAAAGUUUCUAGUUACAUAAAAAAUUAUAGUGAAAGAAAAUCAAUGUAAUUGCUCUUUUUUUU